AUGGUCGCCAAACUUUCGCCUUCUCUCCGGGCGCUCGUCCACGCGCCUCAUACCAUGCCCGCUGGACGUCCGGCCCCAUCCCAGCUACGCCUCAUCUAUGCAGAGCUAAGAAAGGACGCUGGACUCCACGGCGUCGGGCGGCUGGCCUGGCUGACCAUUUCGUGCUCACGGGAGGCAGCGACCAGUGUAGCCCUCGAUUCGCCCGCCGGCUUUGCUGCGCUCUUCGUCGAGGCCACGGCGACGAUAGACGAGUGCCACAGCCUAGAGACGGCCGAACUACUGCGUGACGUAGCCUACAAGUGUCUUGCCUUUACCGGGAUCCCGCCUACAAUUAACUGCUUGCACGCUCUGCGCGCUUCCCUACCCCACCAGCUCGCCACUCGACUUUCGAUACCGCAAAAACCCGGCCCGUCGACCACACUGCCAGUCUCAUCCGGCCCGGCCCUCUGGGAGAGUGUCUACGGCCCCGUCGCGGCUCCUUUAGAGGCAAAGCUCGCCACCGCUCAUCCUUCCCUACCGUCAUACCUUGUCCAUCAUGUUUAUGGCGCUCUACUUGCGUCACCCCAGUCCCGCGUGGGCCGCGUCCUCACGAGCCUUGUAGCCAUCGCCUGUCUCCGCGCUCGCCUCGGUGCCGCCCCCCAACUCACAAGUCAUCUGCUCGGUUUGCGUCGAGCCUACACGGAUGGAUCGGCUGCUCGUGACAUCGAAUGCGGCCUCGAUGCCAGCGACAGCGCCUGGCUUGCUACCGACGAUGGCUCUACGUGGCUACUUGAGGCCGUCGAUACUAUUAUCACUGCCUUUACCAUCGGGCCAGCCUCUCGGCUAUAA